AUGUCGUCAGCAGUGGCAACAAUUCACACAGUAGCUAUAUGGUUGAACUACUUUUUUGGUAUACCAAUUAUUGUAUUUGGCAUGAUCGGGGCCGUCCUAACGAUUAUUGUUUUCAUGCGACAACGGGCAUUUUGGCAAAAUCCGACCAUCAUUUAUCUACUUGCAGGUUCUAUCACAACUAUAGUGCACUUACCAACGGUUUAUCUGCCAGUUGUUCUUGCUCAAGGUUUUGGCAUUGUCUUAUUUGCUCAAUACGACAUCAUUUGUCGACUAUUCAAUUAUUUUCUGUAUGCAACAACGGUUUCAUCUAUUUAUUUUCCGUGCCUAGCUGCAUUCGAUCAAUACGCAAGUACAAGUCGUCAUGCUGCCUUUCGGAAUCGUUGGCACAGCGUAAAAGCUGUGCGCUGGGCAAUUUUUGUAAUGGUUCUGUUCUGGUCACUUCUAUACCUUCCAGUUCUGAUUGUCAGUCAACUUACACGUAGUAACGGGUGUUAUAUAACAAAUUAUUAUAUCAGAACAGUGACUAAUUAUGUUACCGUGCCAUUAUUUUUCACUGUGGUUCCGGUGUUUUUGAUUAUUUUUUGUCUUCAAGGUAUUCUUCGAAAUCUUCGUCAACUUAAACUACACAAUGCACAACAAGAUCGAUUUGAACGGCAAAUUCGUCGAAUGUUAAUUGCACAAAUACUUGUUCUUGCUGUUUCAGGAUUUCCUUUUGCAUUGGAGUCCGUUUAUCUCGAAGCAACGGCAAAUAUAGUGAAAACAAAUCUUCGUAGCGCUGUUGAAAGCAUCAGUCUUGAAGUUCUUCGCUUCUUUUUCCAUGUGAAUUUUGUGGGUACGUUUUAUAUCUAUUUAUAUAUCUCUAGUGAAGUGCGCAAAACACUUUUGCAAUUUUUUCUGAGAAUCGUCGGCUAUAACAUAAUCGUUCCUGUCACAACAACUGGCGCCAAUCAUAUAAUCGGGCCGACACAUAAUUCGACUAAUCCAGCUUGA